GUCAAUCACCACUCAAUCGAUACUUCAAAGUCUCAACAAUCACUUUGAUCAUCUUAUCUCAUCUCAACAAACCAUCUCAACUAGCAAUCGAUUUCAUCUCGCUUUACUAAAUCGAACUUUUGCUUUUCUAAACAAAAUUAAAGAUCGAUCAUGGCUAGCUCAUUAGCACCACCUCUACUAUCAGCCCCAGCGGCAAAAACGUCUUGGGCUGACGAGCUCGAUGAAGAUGAACUACCACCGAUUUCAGAAACUAUCGAUCCAGUCACUGGUACCAAAACAAUUGUUGAAGUGAAAUUCAAUGACGCAGGCAAGAAAGUGAAAAUCGUUCGAAAAAUCAAACGUACCUUGGUGACCACCAGUGUAUCACAUGAAGUAGCAGCACGAAAGCAAUGGUCUAAAUUCGGAGCUGAAGCUGGCAAGAAACCUGGACCUGAUCUUGCUACGACUACUUUGGGUGAAACGGUGAAGAUUAAAUUGAUGGCGGGUGGGGUGAAAGAACCGGUGGUGGAACCUACUAAGGCAGCUGUUACUGGGGUUUCAAGACGGAUCACUUGUAGACUUUGUCAAGGUGAUCAUUUUACUGCUAGUUGUCCUUAUAAGGAAACUCUGGGUGGUGUACUUGGUGGUGAUGCUGGUGAUCAAGAACCGCAAGACGGACCACCACCAUCAGUUGCACAAGGUACAGGAGCCGGAGCUGGACCGACUGGUAAAUACGUACCACCCUCACAACGUAUGGAUGGAGGUAAAAGAGGAGGAGGAGAUUCGAUGCAAAAACCUAAUCGAGAUGAUUUACCUACGUUACGGGUGACGAAUUUAUCAGAAGAUGUACAAGAGAAUGAUUUAUGGGAUCUCUUUGCAAGGUUUGGAAAGAUUUCACGAAUUUAUGUUGGGAAAGAUCAAGAAACUGGACUUUGUAAAGGGUUUGCGUUUGUGAGUUUUGAAGAUCGUUUGGAAGCUGAACGAGCUAUGAAGAAGAUUAAUGGGUUACCUUAUGAUCAUUUGAUUUUGGGAUGUAUGUGGAGCUUACCACGUGGAGAAAGAGAAUCGAAAUAGGUUUGAUUGAAAUGAUAUUUAUCAUUAGUGUAUGUGGGAUCUUGAUGAUAGAAUAUAAACCAAAAACAAAACAAAUGUUCCUAUCGCUGGACAGAUUACAUAUCUGAGCUUUUACAAUUUGACUU